AUGGCUAUGUCAAUGCACAACUUAAACUCAUACCUCUACCUUCCUGUUUUGGAAAUACACCAAACAAAGACAAACAAUCAGAAUGCCCAAGAUUUUACAAAGAAAAAAACAACUGGUCAAAGCCAGGCAAAGGAUGAAGUGCAAUUAGAAGCAGACAUGAAGAAGCAUGGACUUCUAAACUGCAGCAGUGAACAUGCCAUCAUCAUAGGAGUGAAAUGCUUAUUAAUAGUCCCUUCUUCUCUAGAGCCCCUUCGACUAGGGCAAUACUACAACAAUAUUGAAUGGACAGAGGAAAGCAAAGCCUCUGGAGUGAAGAUGCUGUUGUAUAAUGACAACCACAGAUGCACCUACAUGCAUGAGUUCAGUGAUAUUGUACCAUCAUACAUGAAGUAUAUCAAGGCCCAGUCAGUGCUGGCAGAGACAAAGGACAAAGAAGAAAGAAAUGCAUUACAGCUAGUUCUGAACAAAAGCAAGAAGCAGGUGGAGCAAAAUGAUCUGAUUGACAAGUUGAAGCAGCAUGCCCUCAUCAUGGACACUUUGGCUAGUAACACACCACUCAUCACAAGGGCUGACUCUGGAAGUAGGGAAGAAAAGACAGAGUAUGAUGGGGAAGAUUCAGACAAGAAUGAGAACAAGAAGAAUAAGAACAAGAAAUUGCCCUCUAAGCCCAAGACCAAGCAUAAGAAAUCAGACAAGAACAUUACAAUCAUUACAGAAGGCAGCAAGGCAAGCAUCAUAUGUUCAAAUAAGGGAUCAACUCACAGAUUCACACAGGAACAGGAGUCCCACAUGACCAUAAUCACAAAGACUGUGAAGAAAUCCAAGAAGGCAAAGGCCACAGAAAUUGAAAACAUUCAGAAGGAGAUUGAUGGUGCUAUGAUGGGCUUUGCUAAGAUCAAUGUCAUGGACACUAACGAUUUGGGUUAUGGACCUAUCCAUAUGAGUUGA